GAGGCUGGACGGGUGUACAGGCGACACUAGAAGCGCAACGGCUGGCCGCGUGCGGUGAACCGCUGAUCGGAGUCCCGGGCUCUGGCAUGGGGCCUGGCUGGGUCCUGCUGCCGCCGGCUGGGCAGCGGCCGUCCAGGGUUUCAGACUCUGGCAUGCGGGCUGGCUUCCUGCUGCCACGGGUUGGGCAGCAGUCAUCGCCUUCAGCUACGGGAAGCCCGCUUGGUGGUGGUGACGGCCCAACCGCAGCUGCAGCAGUGUCAACAGGACUGGUACCGCCACCACAACCGUCGCGGCCUGCAGCUCCACCAGCUCGCAUGCCCAUGCCGCGACCGGAACAGGCCCCCACCACAGCUCCGGCACCAGCAGCACGCCUACAGUACCCGCCACCACCAGCACCGCCUGCUGACAACUCGGUACCGCCCCCGCCGCUGCCACAACAUGUACAGUCGCUCGCAACACAGGCCGCAGUGGCGCGCGGGCCCACACAGCCAGCAGUAUGGUUCGAGCACGACUUCUCCGAUUGGCAGCGCCUGCUGCAGAGCGUGCAGCGACAGCCCGGCCAACAGCAAAUCACAAGCAGCUGGCUCUUCAUGCCGCUAAUUGCCGACGCGCUACUUCCCGCGCACUCAGCCCAGGCGGCCUUCCCAUUCCAGCGCCCGCCGGACUGGAACCAGCUGACAGGUCCACUGCGCACCGGCUGCGCCACGCACGGCAUCACAGCGGAGCGCGUGCCGCUGGACGGGCCGUGGCACGCAACGGCCACCUGGCAAGAGUACGUGCUGAACACUGCGCUCAGCCUGGAGCUCAUUGAGACGCUGGCGGCACUAGCAGCAAGCUGCCAGUCUGGCGGCGGCUGGGUGGGGGUGCAAGCAACGCUUGCGGCACAGCAGGAGGCCAUGAUGGCAUAACAAAUGGGAAACCAUAUGAGCAGGGAUAGCUUGUGUGGAGCGAUUUGUCAUCGCCGGUAAGCGAAUUGAACUGGAAUUGAACUGAACGAAUGAUAGCUGUGAAGUGGAUGUACGAAUACACGUGGAAUGGCAGGUGACCAAUCCAAUUUGGUGUGAGCAAGCUAGUUGUGGAUUCAAAGUAUGAAUACACUCGUGUGGAGCGGCUUGUCACCGCCGGCGAGCAACAUUCAACAGACUGCAAUUGCUUGCGUUUUCUCCAUGUAUGGAAGAGCAAUGAAACUUUAAGAGUCACGUACCUGCAGUUACUUUAUAGCGUCUGGUCAGGUACAAGGCUAGGAUAAAGAACAAUGGCCUUGUGCUAUGAAGUGGUCAAGCAGCAAGCGGUAGUCCUUAAGGAUAGCUUGGGUGGAUGGAGCGACAUGUCACCGCCAGCAAGCAAAUUCAACUGAACGAAUGCUAGCUGUGAAGUGGAUGUGUAUACGCACGUGAAAUGACAGCUGACCAAUCCAAUUUAGUGUGAGCAAGCUAGCUGUGGAUUCAAAGUAUGAAUACACUUGUGUGGAGCGGUUUGAACAACGCCGGUGAACAACAUUCAAUAAGCUGCUCAUC